CAAAUAUCAGAAACCCUUCCUGCCGUCAGAUGCCCAGAGCUGGUUUUGGAUGGGUCCCGAGCGUCGGUUGGGAGAGCAUCCGCCAUUCCCGGAACGGCUCCUCGCACAGACUGCUUUUGAAACUUGAAUCCAGCUUGCAAGCAAGGCGUCCUGCAGCAGAAUUUGAACUUGAAGUGGUUGCUUGCUAGAAAGUGUGCACGCCUUCUGUAGCAAUUGUUGGCCGGAGAGGGUCUGUCUGACUUGGGUAAUUGUGGAAGUUCUGCUCCCUGUGUUGCGGAAUUCAUGCAGUCGCUCUGUACCUUUUGAGUGUAACACAUGAAGAGAUUAAAAAUAGAAGUGAUUGUACAUGUGCUUCUAUUUUCCUCCGGGCUGCCUCAGAACGGAGUAUGAUUGCUUGAGGAUCUCCAGUGAAGACGCAAUUAGUCACCUUUUGGAUGUUGGAUAGAGCUCGGCACCGGAUGCUUGGAUUGAGAUGAAGAGGAGAGGCAGAAAUGGAUUCCUUACGCACAUUGGCUUUUUGUGACUAUCGUUGAAGUCAUUGCGAUCAUUGUUGCAUAUCGUUGAAUUCAAAAAGAAGCUCAUAGGGAGACAGAAACGAUGGAGAGGGACUACAGAGAUGGUCGGCCAGAAAAACGGGCAAGGUUGGAUGAAGUGCGGGAGAGCGGAGAAGUGGCACAGUUGGCUCAUAGCUACUCAGGAGGGGGGCGAGAAGAGCUCCAAUACCUUCCCCAUGCCCCAGGAAAUGCCCCCCAAAUGAACGGGGGGAACAGGGCAAGCCCCCCCUGGCGGGAGGACGACAAGGACGGUCACUACACGUUUGAACUGGGGGAGAAUCUUACCCCCCGAUAUAAAAUCCUGAGUAAGAUGGGAGAAGGUACGUUUGGCCGGGUGCUAGAGUGUUGGGACCGGGACGAGGCCCAGUACGUGGCUAUAAAGGUCAUCAGGAACGUGCAAAAGUAUCGGGACGCAGCCAUGAUCGAGAUCGAUGUGCUGCAGACCUUGCAAAAGCAUGACAAGGGGGGGCUAAGGCGAUGCGUUGCAUUGAAGAGCUGGUUUGACUACCGGCAUCACAUAUGCAUGGUGUUUGAGCGGCUGGGCCCCAGCCUGUUCGACUUUUUGAAGCGCAACCAGUACCGCGCGUUCCCGCUGGACAUGGUGCGCGCGUUCGGGCGGCAGUUGCUCGAGUCGGUGGCGUAUAUGCACGAGCUGACGCUUAUUCACACCGACCUCAAGCCCGAGAACAUCCUGCUCGUCUCCUCUGACUACUCCAAGGUGCCGGAGUCCAAGGGCAGCAAGUACUUUAAGCGCGUCCCCGCGUCCAGCGACAUCAAGCUGAUUGACUUCGGCAGCGCCACCUUCGACAACCAGUACCACUGCAGUGUCGUCUCCACGCGCCACUACCGCGCUCCCGAGGUCAUCCUAGGUCUGGGUUGGAGUUUCCCUUGCGAUCUGUGGAGUGUGGGCUGCAUACUGGUUGAGCUUGUAACGGGCGAUGCGCUCUUCCAAACGCACGAGAACCUGGAACACCUCGCGAUGAUGGAGCGCGUCCUCGGGCCGAUGCCGGUGUCGAUGGUCAAGCGCGCGGACCGGCGGUCGGAAAAGUACUUCCGGAACGGGCGGGAGCUGAAUUGGCCCGACGGUGCCGUGUCUCGAGAGAGCAUACGGGCGGUCCGUCGAGUGGCACGGUUACGGGACCUCAUUACUGCGAGCGUCGAUCACUCAGCUAGCGAGCUGGUUGAUCUGAUUCAGGGCUUGCUUGCGUACGAGCCCCAUGAGCGGACGCCAGCAAAAGAGGCCCUGAAGCAUCCCUUCUUCCGGGAUUCUAAAAGCAGUAGGGGGAGGUCAAGGUAAGGGACGCGGCAGCGCUGGUUCGUCGGAAAACGUAUUCAUGUUUGCAUUGGGUUUGCAAGAGCCCCCUCGGUUAUUGGCCGGUAUAGUAAGCAGUGUCCGGAGACUUUUAUGUUUUGACUGUACAGUUAGUUCGACUGACUUAAUGAUGGCGCCUGCUCAUGAUUUGGCGGCGCUACUGCAUCUGAACACUCCGCAAAGUAGUUGGCACAAGUUCAGAUGCAUUCAUUCGCACCACGGCUUCAAUGCGGCUCCAAUGGUAGAGAAAGAUCUGGCUCCCACGAGUGCC